UCGAUUCCAAUUUUUUGCUAUCCUCCGAAUACUUUAUAAAACUUCAUUUAUAAAUUCGCCAAACAAUUUAUAAAUUUCUAUUUUAAAAUUUUAAGUUACGAGGGGGUGAGAAAUUGGAGAAAGACGCAUUAAUUUUACCUAGAGCAGGAAUCCAGACAGGGCGCGUAUCAGGGGACUAAAAGAAAAUUUUUCAGAGCCACCGCCAAACGAAGCAAGAAAUCAUACGAUGGGUCAUUUUGGGCUGAAACAACCAGCAGCGACAGCUGGAUCUUCAUCUUCCUCUCGCAUUUCUUCUGGUCGUCAAUUUAAUCAGGUUGCUCAGCCAGUGAUGUCUCCAACUGCGUUCAACACUAGAAAUCAAAGAGGAGUUUCGCAAACAUCAGCAAACGAAAGCUCACGAGCAGCGUUUCAGAACCCCACCCCAAGAAAGCAGCGGGUAAAAUCUAAAGCGCGCAAGGAAAUGCUAACAGAAGGAUCAACACAGAACACCUUUGAGCUUUUAGGAGCAACUUUAAGUCCAACAAAAUCGCAAGAUUCGCCUCAACGAGCGUCACCUUCGAAUACAAAACCAGGAUCAUAUGCAAUGCCUGCAAAUCCGACACCACCGCAGACGCAACUGACAUUGCCAGUGAAGCAACAGACAGCACCUCAAAGUCAAACGACAGCACCUCAGACUCAAACGGCAGCACCUCAGAUUCAAACGACAGAGCGUCAGAUUCAAGUGACAUCUCCACUGAAACAACCGACAUCACCUCCGAUUCAAACGACAUCUCCACUGAAGCAACCAACAGCACCUCUGAUUCAAACGACAUCUCCACUGAAGCAGCCGACAGCACCUCUGAUUCAAACGACAUCUCCGCUGAAGCAACCGACAGCACCUCUGAUUCAAACGACAGAGCGUCAGAUUCAAGUGACAUCUCCACUGAAACAACCGACAGCACCUCUGAUUCAAACGGCAUCUCCACUGAAGCAACCGACAUCACCUCUGAUUCAAACGACGUCUCCACUGAAGCAACCGACAUCACCUCUGAUUCAAACGACGUCUCCGCUGAAGCAACCGACAUCACCUCUGAUUCAAACGGCAUCUCCAAUGAAGCAACCGACAUCACCUCUGAUUCAAACGGCAUCUCCACUGAAGCAACCGACAUCACCUCUGAUUCGAGCGACGUCGCCACUGAAGCAACCGACAGCACCUCUGAUUCAAACGACAUCUCCACUGAAGCAACCGACAGCACCUCUGAUUCAAACGACAUCUCCGCUGAAGCAACCGACAGCACCUCUGAUUCAAACGACAGAGCGUCGGAUUCAAGUGACAUCUCCACUGAAACAACCGACAGCACCUCUGAUUCAAACGGCAUCUCCACUGAAGCAACCGACAUCAUCUCUGAUUCAAACGACAUCUCCACUGAAGCAGCCGACAGCACCUCUGAUUCAAACGACGUCUCCACUGAAGCAACCGAUAUCACCUCUGAUUCAAACGGCAUCUCCACUGAAGCAACCGACAUCACCUCUGAUUCAAACGACGUCUCCACUGAAGCAACCGACAGCACCUAUGACUCAGGCGACAUCUCCACAGAAGCCUCCGCGAUCAACUCUGUUUGAGGCAAUCGGUGCAACUCAAUUGAGAGAUCAAAAUCAGCUCGGAACCCAAGAAAGUGGAGAAAUGCAAGGGUAUGAUGACAACCAGCAGCAGUUAAUGACACAAAAAGCAGCAGGUCGUCCAGCAGAUUUGACCAAGUAUGGGAUUUCUUCCAAAAUUCCGAACCACGGAGGUCACAGUAGGAGAGAUAAUAAUCAACCGAGAUCAGGAAGACGAUCCGAUUCCCAGGAGCCGGUAUACAAAACGACCAAGAAUCAGCGCGUAUUAUACUUGGAUCCCGAACAGCAGCAAGAGCAACCUUGGAUACCCUACAGAAAGAAUUCAUAUCCGAACGCAAUGCCAGUGCAAACUGAGGUUACAGGACCAUUUGCAGCAUCGAAUACCUACUUGGAGCAGUUAGGCAGGCAAAUGCCAGCAACUGCUUCAAGGAAUUUUGAUUCAACGCCGCAUCAGCAGCCAAAAAUCCCCCCGACAAUGCAAGAAACUCAACCGCUAAAUGCACUAGUAAACGCGCCAAUGAGCGAACCAGUGACUCCAGCGACUCCUACGUCUGCUAUGACCGAUGAAACCGUCCAGGAGUCGACAUCAAGUAAGAAGAAGAACAAAAAGAAGAAGAGGACAACGAUGACGACGACGUCGACGAAUACGACGGUUACAACGAAUGCAACUAAUGUGGCGAAUGCGAAUCCGACAAAUGUGGUGAGCGCGAAUGGGAACGCGAAUACGAACACGAAUAUAAGGUGGUGGAGGCCUAAGCUUCCCGAUUCAACAACGAUGAAAAGAUUGACGAAAACAAGAGGGGCAGCCAGCAAGAGUACGAAAUCUAAAGUAACUGCGCCAAUUGAUAAAAUGAAGAAAGAGGAUAUAGCACCACCAGAGGCAUUAGACAAAAUCAGAGAAAAAUACAAAAUGAAGUAUGCUACAGCAGCCAUGAUGAAAAACAUGCACUUCAUGACCACUACAGGAGACGAAUAUGAGGGUCAAGGGAGGGAGUCACCUUUCAACGCAGUUAGAGACGACUAUUCGAAGCAAAUAGGACCUUAUACGGUGUGUAGUUGGGACACGUUUUUGCAAGAGUGCUGCGACGUUGAUCUUUGUACAUUCGGAGACCCUCAGAGUGUGCCAAUGUAUGAGUUUGCAGCAAAUGGUGUCAUCCUACCUCUCUCUACCUCAGACAGAGAAGGCGAGCCUCGCUUGAUGCACUCUUUGCCCUCUGGAUUUUACACUCCAUUCGAGAACCAGUUCGACAAAUCUCAUGUCAGGUUUUUGGGAAUGCUCAAAAUUGCGCCUAACAUGAGCUUUGGUUCAUAUCAGAUAAAGUCUGGAGUGUUUCAUUUCCGUGGACGCCUCUGGCUUUUCCGGGACGCUAUUUACGUCGGCCAACUGAAGGAGGGGAUAGUCGAAGUCAGAACUAUGACCGAGUAUGCAUCUCUACUCAGCCAGAACAUCUUCAACCGCGAAAAUCUGUAUGGGUUCCAGUGGCUCCAAGAAUCAUUCGAUUCCGGACAAUUCGGUUGUGUCACAGACGAGUUUACGCUUGACAUGUCUUUGAAACAACAAAACUUUUACGAACGAAAACUUCUAAAGAGCCAGACAAGUCGUGCUUGUGCUGCGGUUCAUGCGAUGCUGAGAACGGCUGACAAUAGCUUGGCAGCCGUAUACCAAAAACGAACUCUUCAAUGGUUUGCUUACUUUUUUGGCGAUCUCCGCGAUAUGUUUCCCUCGUUCAUUGACAAAGACCCCGAUGAGGACGAUCGAUUCUUCCUGCUGGAAAUGCUUUUAUACGGGUUAUUUGGGCUAACAAAUUCGAGAUGGUGUCCCGGCUCUUCUCGGCAACAGGCUCUCGAUUAUCUCCAAACUUUUGAGGCCUCUCUGUUGCUGAGGAAAAGAGAACCAAAGCACUUCAAGAACUGGUGCGAAAGAAAAGCGAGAAGCAGUCGAAUCAGCAACCGGGUCUAAAUUAACAAUCGGAUCCCGAAUAAGCAUUGGCUCUCUUUGAACUAGACUAAGAAAUAUCAGACCGAAUAUACCAAGAUCAUUAACUGAAGAACUGAGAAAUGGGAAACCACAUCAAGUAAUUCAAAUUGAUUGAGUUUCAGAUCUGCAAAUAUUUAACCACUAUAGAUCAAACAAAGCUACCCGCCUUGACCUCCAUUGUCCAAAAAAGCUUUUCCACGGACUGAGUUUUGUGCAAUUGGAUGAUAGUAUCAUCCAAUACCACAAAACUUAGUCCAUGAAAAAAUUCUAGACAUACAAAUUUUGUAAAUUUUAUUCGACAAAACCAACGGAGCUGCCAUUAUAUUUCAUUGUUAAAUUUGACAAAAAAUCAGUCUGCAU